UUCCUUUUAGUCGUUCAGCCUCGCUAGUUGUGAAAAUGUUGUGUGGUGCACUAACAUUUUUCAUCCUUUUGUGGUCCACUGAAGCAAAAUUUUAUAAAACCAACGUUACAGAUUUCUCCAAGUGUAAAAUAUAUUACUCUCGAUCGGGAACCGUCUACAAAGACUUCUUUGAAAUCAAUGACGAACCACAAAACGGAAGUCUUUUAGAUUUCCAUUUCUCCGUAAUGUCUCCCAGCGAUGCUCAUAUCCUUUUAGCCCCAUCCAGUAAUAUACAAAAAGGAGAUCCUGUUUACGAAAUAGUGAUAGGAGCGGGCGGUAAUACGUUUUGUGAUAUAAGGAGAAUGCAAAAAUCGGGAGUGAAAGCCACUGUCAGAAUUAAAGGUUUGCUAUCGGCCUUGGAUCUACAGUCUUUUUGGAUUCAUAUCAGCAAAGACGGAAUAGUAGAAGUAGGGAAGGAAGGAGAGGAAUUAGCUUUUUUAACAUGGACAGACCCAGAUCCGUUACCUUUGAAAGUGUUCAGUUUCAGUACGUGGCCAGGAAUUGAGGCGAAAUGGUAUUUCGAUUGCCCACGGAAUGAUAACAGCACUAAUCAUUCGAAGAAAAUAGAAAACCCCAUGACUUCCCUGGAAAAACUGCGACAUGACUUAUUGUAUCGCUACGAUCCUUACGUCAGACCUGUUUAUAACACGUCCAGCAUUACAGUUGUGACUUUGCAGCUUGCAACAACUAUUGUAACUUUAGACGAGCAUAAGGCGAUGUUACAUUACAGCGGAACUGUUUUAAUGAAUUGGACAGAUGAGAAACUACAUUGGAAUGUAUCAAACUAUGAAGGUAUCAAUAAUUUACAUAUAUUCCGACGAGAAAUAUGGAUUCCAAAUCUAUAUUUAUUUGAUGCCGUUUCGGAUGGCAGCGACAUCUUACAAGACACACUCCUCACGGUCAACUCCACAGGACAUGUAAACUGGAUGACCACGGUGAACAUGAACUCUUGGUGCAGUCCCGACGAUCUCGGACGAUGGCCUAGAGAUGAGCAUACCUGUGACAUCGUGCUUGGCUUCUUUAAAGAUUUCGAAAAUUUGCAACUCGUAUUUAAUGGAAAUGAAAGCACAUUUGGCAGUCCGUAUUCGUCAACAUGGGCGGUUUUACAAGUGGACAGUUAUUCAAAUAAGGGAUGGAAAAACCCUGCUGUUCGAAAUUUGAAUAAUUUUGACCCUCCAGGCCUAACGUUGCAUCUUAAAUUGAGAAGAACGUCCGAUUCGUACGCUAUUAUGCUUUUUACUCCCUUUUUUGUGAUAGCUGUUUCACUGUUAAUGACAUUUUGGGUGUCACCAUUCGGGCAUCUGAAGGUAUCGCUAGCCUGUCUACAACUGAUUUUAGCUUCGAUUGUUCUAAUAGGGUUAGGAAUAAUUAUUCCCAUACAUUCUCAAUUGGUACCAAACCUAGUUUUAUUGUACAGUUACAGCCUUGUAGCAACAGCUAUUUGCAUCGUGAUUGAAACUAUUGUUAUUAAUUUAUCAAGAAAUAAGCAAAAAAGUGCACUUCCCCACUUCCUGACAAAACUUCUGCUAUCAGUUUUUCUAAAAAUGUUCCUGUGUUUACCCGAUAUUAAAUCAUCUCAACACUAUGGUAACUUGAAUGACUCUUAUUCAAAACUUAACGACCAACACCAAAGUAUGUGGAUUCUUCUAGGCGUGGUGAUUGACCGCAUCGCAUUUUUCAUUUAUUUAGGGCUAACAGUUUAUGCACUGUGUGUUGUUACCUCUUAAUUAAUUAAUCCGCAGUAUUCGAAUUAUUAUCUGCAAUUUAGGUCUUACGUUUUGUAAAAUAAAAAAUUUUAGAUUUGGCAA